CUCGAGGUGGCUCUGGUCACUGCAGGGGCCACCAAGGGCUUGGCUUGUUUGUCUCAUUUUCUUCUUCCCUAGUCUUAUCUCAGUUCUCCCAAAAGUCAUGUCCAGACCCUCCCUCAUCACCUUCACCCCAGCCGCGGACCCCAGCGACCUCUGGAAAGAUGGGGAACGGCAGUCACAGCCUGAGGAACCAGAGCCCACCCUGGAUGGACCUGCAAUCCGAGCUUUCUAUGAGGCCCUUAUUGGGGAUGAGAGCAGUGCCCCCGAACACCAGAGAUCUCAUCCUGAACCUGCCAGGGAAAGAAAGAGAACGAAAAGAAGAAUGAUGAGGGAGGCUGCAGCAGGAGCAGUGGCAACAGGAGCAUCAGGAAGACAUGGACAAGGGAGAUUCCCUGAGACUGAGGACAAGAUCACCCAGUGGAUACUGAGGGCAGCCCAGGAGGGGAACCUGGCAGAACUUCGAAGGCUAUUGGAGCCCCAUGAAGCAGGAGGGGCUGGGGGAAAUAUCAAUGCUCGGGAUGCCUUUUGGUGGACCCCCCUGAUGUGUGCCGCCCGAGCAGGCCAGGAGGCAGCUGUGAGCUAUCUCCUGGGCCGUGGGGCUGCCUGGGUGGGGGUCUGUGAACUGGGUGGCAGAGAUGCUGCUCAGCUUGCCGAAGAAGCUGGCUUCCCUGAGGUGGCCCGCAUGGUCAGGGAGAGCCAUGGAGAGACGAGGAGCCCAGAGAACCGGUCUCCCACUCCCUCCUUCCAGUACUGUGAAACCUGUGACACCCACUUCCAAGAUUCCAACCACUGCACAUCCACUGCUCAUCUGCUGUCACUGUCCCAGGGUCCCUUGCCCCCCAGCAUUCCCCUUGGGGUACCCACCUCUAGCCCAGGCUUCAAGCUGCUGCUGAAAGGGGGCUGGGAGCCAGGAAUGGGGCUGGGACCCCGGGGCGAGGGCCGUGCUAACCCCAUCCCCACUGUCCUCAAGAGAGACCAGGAAGGAUUAGGCUACAGAUCAGCACCCCAGCCCCGAGUCACACAUUUCCUAGCUCGAGAUACUCGGGCUGUGGCUGGGAAGGACAGAGCACCUCGGGUGGCCACACUGAGCCGGAGGAAGGAGAGAAGGCGGGAGGAGAAGGACAGAGCCUGGGAGCAAAAUCUGAGGAUGUACAUGAACCUUGACUUCUGACUUUGAUGAAGUCUGACUGGUAUGCUGCUGAAAUCUGAACUUGGACCUCUGACCUGGGCACUAUGACUUCUACUUCCUGGGCGCUGCCCAGGUGUGGACUCUCAGGUUUUGAUCAGGGGGCUUAUGUCUUUGGUGGAGAGGAGCUGAAAUAAACUUCUUUCUCUUUUGUGGUUCA